UUAUUUUCUCAUAAUAAUUUUUUUUUAUAGAUGUUGUUCUGAAAUCUAAUAACUAUUUCCGUUUUAGGUCAGAAUGUCAAAAUUUUUGUUAUUAUUAAAAUUUAAUCGUUAUAUUUUAGGUCCACUACAAAAUCGUAAGUUAUCGUCUGCCCCAUCUAUUGAUACUGGAAUUACCACUGAUCAAUGGUCCGAAGUAAAGGAAAGGCUCAAAAAAUUGCAGGAAAGAAUUACUGUUGUUAAAACCGACUUGAAAAAGGAAUUACAUAAGCAGGAGCAGAAAACAAAGACCCUCCAAUUCGUUCAAAACUUUCUAAAAACGAAAAAUGAAGAAAAAUAAUUAUGAAAAUCGGAUUAGUGGUAUACUCUCCAAUGGAAAUCGUAAUCGGCUAAGUUUUCUGUUAAAAGAAACGAUUUUUAUGGCAGUUCCAUCUGAAUUUACAACUCAAAGUGAAAUGUCAGAGUUUACACCAAUUAAAGAAUCCGAAACAGAAGACAAGAAAGCUGCACAUAGUUCUACAGACGGCAAGAGUGGCCAUUACUCCGAUAUGCUUCUGUCUCCUAUUGAAAACAUGUGCAACUUUGUUCCAUCCGAAGAUGAUCAAUGUCUAGUAAGUUCUGAACUUAUCACAAAUGAUAAAGAUUCUAUUAGAGAGGUUAAGUAUCCAAUAUUAACUUUAAAAAAAAAAGAAAACUCAGAAUAUAAGAGCGAAAGUGGGAGUCCUAUAAAAAGUGAUGUUCCAAAAUUUAAAACAAUCAAUGAAUUGACUAGUAAAAAAAAUGGAAAUUGUAUGAUAAACACUCAAAACGAAGGAUGUCCUCAGGAAAUGGAAAGUACUGAUAAAUCAUUGAAAACAAUCACCGAUGAUGACAAAUACUCAGACCAGUGCAUUGAGUAUCCAAUCCUAAGGUUAAAGAGAAGGCCUAAAACUGACUAUACGCUAACAAGAGAGGCUUUUUCCAAGAGUGCACUGCUAGAAAGCAAUAUAGAGUCAAUAACUGAAGUCGAAGCACAAUUCACACAGAAUGAUCAACAACCUGAUAAUUCUAGGUCGUUAGCGGGUGCUACUGCAUAUUUAGGUAUAGAAGCAGUUGAACACGUAAACAAAGUAGAUUACAAUGAGGCACUAUCGGUGUUUCGAUUAGAGAAACAGACAUUAUCCACAGAUUCAGAAUCUGAAUAUUGUAGUGCUGAACAGCCGAUAUCGCAACUUGAUACAAAAAUUAAUGAGUUCUGCCUGCAAAAGUCGAAUUCAUUGGUUGAUAUGAAAACCUUGCGCUUACUAAAUUGCAAAACGCCCAUUACUUUAAAAAAGGGAAAUAUCACUUCUAGAUGCGCUGGGACUAUAAAGGACUCUACUGGUUCAUGUUCAGCUUUGAAUGUUUUGCAACAACUACCAACUAAAUACUUUUUUCAACACGGACUUCUAUCUUCAAACAGAAACAGUGAAUCAGAUAUUAAGUUUUAUUCCUUACUCAUGUUGAAAACUUGGCGCAAACAACGUUUGGAAGUUGAGAGGAUGAAACAAGAAACUGAAGAGGCCAAACAAAAUUGCAAUAACACAAGAAACCAAAUCUAUGUACUAAACAACCUCUAUCGUAUUGAAAUGAAGUGCAACACGGAUAUGCAAGUCCAUUUAGGUUUCGUUCUGGAGAGUAUUCGCGAAAACAAAUGCAUUGCCAAGUCGUUGACAGAACAAUGCGAUUUGUGUUUAGUGAAAAAAUCUAUGCUUCAAAAAAACUUGCAGUCGAAGAACGUAGAAUGCCAAGGUCUUCAUGAAAUACUCACAGAAAUGAGAAACAAACUGUUCGGUUGCAAUCAUUCAACGGAAAAGCUACGAAUGCUUAUAGAUGAGGAGCAAGCCAAAGGUGUUAUGCUUAGGUCACAAUUAGACGAUCUGGUGGUCGAUAUUGAUGAUCUUAAAACUAAAAACAAAGAAAAACUGACUAAAAUUGAAAAUGUUAUUACAAUUACGGAGAUAGCAAUAAAUGAAAAAAAAUUAAAAAUAGACGCAGUGAAAGCCACAUCGGAACUAUUGCAGGCAGCACAUGAAGAAUUCGGUGAUAACGAAGCGGCUAUAGCACAGUGGAGAUUGCAGGUUCAGGAAUUACGUGAAAUAGUUGUUGUCUUGCAAAAUGAAAUCGAAAAUAAUAGGUUGAUGAACUGGGUCAAGAAUUCGUUGGUUAACAUCCUGGAUCCCGAAACAAAAGUAGGACAAGCUAUUCACAUCAUACUUUACCUAUUACUCCCAGCGGUUCCUCCGCCAAGAUCGAUUCAGUUGCCUUACGAGUUUAGUAUGGGCAAAUCAAUGAGCUUUGUGACUUACAAGUAAAAAUUUGUAUAUAUUUAAAAUUAUAUGUAUUGUAUUUAUUUGUACUGAUUAUA